AUGGCCGAUUCCAGCGAGUCCCGGCCGGUCGCGCGGGCCACCAAGCCCGUUAGCGAGGCUCUGCUUAACGAGAAGUGGGACCGCGCCAUCUCCUCGAUGAUCAUCAAGUCUUCACUCGGCCUGUCCUUCGGUGUUGUCUUUUCGGUUCUUCUCUUCAAGCGGAGAGCCUGGCCCGCGUGGGUUGGCCUUGGUUUCGGUGCUGGACGUGCCUGGGAAGAGGCAGAUGGGGUGGAGCUCCGGUUGACCCGACUUUGUGUCGGAUUUUCGGACCUUAUACCCGAGAAACGACUAGCUGGCGACUGA